ACGGAUUCUUGCCAGACAGUAAUAAUCUCAAAAUACAACCAAACAUGUCCCAGUCAAGCGAUACUUCCGAGCCAAGCAAGCAAUUCUCAUGUACCGUCUGCGGGAAGAGAUUCAAUAACAAGAGAUCACAGAUUCGGCAUUCUAGUUAUUGUCGAAAGAGGGCCAGAAACCCUCCAAAAUCCAGGAAGAGAUCAUGUACUCCCUGUACGAAAGCCAAAUGUCAUUGCGAUGGCUCCUUUCCGUCUUGCUCCAGAUGCGUGAAAAGGAAUGUUACGUGCAUCUACCAGCAUUCAACGCCACAUGCAAAUCAACUGGAACAGCAAUCUCGGGCCGAAGUCCUUUCUUCAGAUAGAGAUAUGACUCUGGUUUGCCAUUCUACGCAAGAUUAUAGAGAAACAGCCCCUACACGUGACUUUGACGCCACUGAUGAGAACCUUUUCCAAACCGAAACUUUGUUCGACGAAAUCUCCUCUACCGCAAUCGUAGAAGAAGCCCUCGAAAACUAUGGCUCUACCGCUUUAUUCCCCCAUGGUCUGGCCAACCUGGUCAGUUCUGCUUUCCUGGACCCGAGAUAUGGCAUGGAUUUCUCCAACUUGGAAGCCUGCUAUAAUCUGGCAUUAUCGCCGGCUCUUCGUGCACCAAGAGCAUUCAAGCCCAAGAUGGUAAAACAUCGCCAACUAUCACUGAAUAGAAAAUAUGUCAUCUGUACUCUCAGGUCUUAUCCCCAAAUGCUGCUCCCAGGCAAGGGUCCACCUCCUUUCCUGCACCCUCAUUGCAUGGAACAGGAAUAUGACCAAAGCGAGAGUGCUCAGACAUCCCUUAUAGACCCUCUUGCUAGAUGUUCUGGCAUUGUGGCUAUGUGGUCGGUCAAGAAUAAGGACAAUAGCUCUUUUAUCUGGAGGUCGAUCCGGAUGGAGCAAGAGAGAUUAUCAGAAGAGUGCCACACCUACGACACCCGGACAGCUGUUGCUGCCCUCCAAGCAGUCUCUGUUUACUUUAUCUUCCGUGUAUCCGAGCAAGACGAAGAUGUUACAGACUUCGACAUCCCACUCAUCCAGACGAUGCUUAAUAUUGCCAUUCGGUUCAAAGAAUGCUCUACUCGAUGCUUCGACCCUUCAGCUAGCAGUGCACUCACAUGGGAGCUGUGGAUCCUCAUAGAAUCUCUGCAACGUACCAUAUUCGUGACUUUCAUCGUGGACAUCUUGUUUGACAUAUCGGCGGGAACGAUCAGCGACUCCAAUGCUUGCAUUAAAGCAGACCAUCUGCUUCAGAUGAGACUUCCUUGCUCCAAGAGUCUCUGGAAAACAAAGACGAAAUCAGAGUGGGAAAAAGAGUAUGCAACGCAGACGAACUUUCAGCUUGAAAAUAAUUACAGGCACCCGCGGUUCAUUGAUCUCAUACGACAUGACGCUAAUGCCAAUUCUUUUGGAAGCUCGCUGGAUCGGUGGAUGUCAGAAGUUGAUGAUUUUGGGAUGCUUGUUAUAAACGCUGCAAGCUUGGUAGAUGAGUUUGAUUUUGGUGCUGGAUGUUAGACAGGUGUCUAUAUUGAUUCUCUGUCUAAUCCGCACCUUUAAAGCUCUAUACCUUAGGUUCUGUAAUUGCUGCUUUACUGCUGCGUUGUCAUUCUUUCUUUCCCAUUUUUCCAA